AUGGCUCUGAAGCACCUGUCCAACGCCCUGGCAACCCCCGAUCAGCUCUCCAAUUCCUCUUCCUCCCUAGACGGUGUACCCUCGGAUCUCGAGACCUCGAUCCGCUGUGCAGGAGCACAGCUCACACAGGCUGCCGGUGUUCUGCUGCAUCUAUCCCAGGAUGUCAUCGCCCAGGCAAUUGUAAUAUUCACGCGAUUCUGGCUGGGCGCUGACGGCGGCAGCUUACGAAUCUACUCGGUCAAGGAUGUCUCCGCAGCAGCCCUUUAUCUAACCGCCAAGCUUUCCUUCCAACCCACCUCCCCUCGCUCCGUGCUCAAUGUAUAUACCUUCCUCCUUUCCAAGGAUGCCUCACCCUUGUGGUUUGUGAGGCAAGGUGGCUCUCCUUCAACUCCUCCCGAGCCUGAAACCUAUAUUCUCUCAGAGGGCGGCUACCAGGCCGCACGGCAGGUUCUCCUCCAGAUCGAAACGGUCAUUCUCCGCACUCUCGGGUUUGAUACCCAUGUCGCCCUGCCCCAUACCAUUGCAUUGACAUAUCUCCAAACCCUGGGCUCGUCAAAUCCCGCAGUCGCGCAACGGGUCCUACAGCAUCUCAAUGCUGCCUUGCUCUCCCCGCAACUUCUUUACGUCACCCAUCAGCCGAACGCUCUGGCUGUGGCUGCCAUUUACCUUGCCUCUCGUGAGGAGGGCGCCAAGCUAGUAGAUAGCGAUUGGUGGGAGGUAUUUGACGUCGAUCGGGAAGAGCUUGGCUUUUUGGUUGUGGGCAUGAAGAGCAUGGAAGGGUUCAUGCGAGCUGAACUCAACACAUGGAAUGAAAAGUCUAUUCCUAUGGUUCCAGAUCAAGUCGAUGCCGAGAUUGAGCGUCGGCGAAUGAUGGAGGAUGGCGAGUGA